AAUUAAUUUUUCAAAUUUUUUUAUUCACUUUCCCUUCCUUCUUAGGGCCACCCUUCUGCAAACCCAGCAAGGCUCCAACGGAGGAAAUUAUUAAAUCUUCCACCGCCAGGUACCUCCUCUAUAUCUACCUCUGUAAAUGCCUGUUCUUUUCAAACACCUGUAGUGUUCUCUUCUAUCUGAGUUCUCUUCUGCAGAGGAAUUGGGAAUAGCUACUAUGGACGAAGAAAAUGAUUAUACAACUGAUCUUGAAUCCAAUUUCUGCUUCCCCGCUGAGUUUCCUUACGAAUUUGAUUCGUUUGGUUCCAUUUCUGCUUUAAGUUCCCCGGUUGAAUCCGUUCUGAGUUGUACUGAAACGGAGAGCGAUGACGAGGAAGAUUUCCUAGUUGGCUUGACUCGGCGCCUAACACAGAAAGUGGCUGUUGAGCCUCAUAAGAAAAAUUGGAUCAUGGCCGGAUCACCCGAAUCAAUACUCGGUGGAAUUGGAAGUGGGUUCUUGUCAAGCAGCGGCAGUUCAAACGGUGAGAUUUCCCCUCCAACGACGCCCUUUGGGUUAAAAAGUGACCCGUGGGAUCUGAUAUCUGUGGGUGCUGGUCCUGUUUCGAUGUUAAAGAUGAGAAUUGAAGACAAGAAUAAUAGUUCUAAACAAGGGAGGGGAUUGCUGCGUCCUGCGACGAGCAAAAAUCCAGAUACCAUAGAGGAAAAUGGGAGAACUGGGUUUUCGUCGAGCCAAAGUUUUGGUCAGAGUGCUUGUCAGUUGAAUCAGUAUCCUUUGAAGCAGAAACAAGUACCAAGGCCACUGCGCCACUCAGUCUGCAGAAGGCAGCAAGUGAAAGAAAGCAAACAAGAUGAGCCCCAGCACCAGCAACAAUACCAAAACCAGAGAAGAGGGAGAAGGGUUAUGGCCUAUGAAAAAGGAAGAUGUAUGCUUCCUCUGGGUCUCCCUCAGUCUGCUUGGCCGCCUCUUCAAGUGAAAUCAACUCAGCACCAACACCAUCAGCAAUCACACAAUAGUUCAGGCAAGAGUACUGGUGUUUUUCUCGGUGGCGCUAACGCUAAAAGAGAAUGUGCUGGUACUGGGGUUUUCUUGCCUCGCACAUACACCAAAACCUCUGAUCGUAAGAAGAAAUCAGCUCGCUCCAGGGUUCUUGCUCCAGCAAAUGUUGUUCAGUCUCUAGAUACGAAGCUUAAGGACUUGAACAUGCAAGGCCAUACCAAGCCACGCUUUAAUGGUGCUUUUGGCUCUGAUUAUGAUGCUUUCAUUGAAAAUGGCAGAUUGGCCCAGCAGAAGGGAGAUGUAGGUGCAGAAAAUGUGCUCAGUCAUGAAAAAUGUGUGCCUCAAGAGUGGAUGUAUUGAACCAAGAAUUGAAUUCAUACAAGUUUACAAGAAAUCAGUAAUUGUUUUAUUGGACAUUAUAGAGGUAGAAGAUUCAAUUAAAGAAAUUCAAGAAUGCAAGUUUAGCUUACAAGAAAUAAGCAGCAGUAAGAAAUCCUGAUUUUUUUCAAGGGAAAAGUUUGCAGCAGUUGUUGGGCAUAGCAGCAAGAAAAAAAAGUAGCAAUGGAGGAAGAAAAUUGUGUUUUUAUCUUAGAAAAAUACUAAGCAGAUUAUGUUUAUUGGUGGGUAUUUUAUUUUAUUGAAAUUAUGGUGUAUAAUAUAUGUAUUUAUGUCAAAAUGAAUGUUAUUUCCCAUGGCAUGAAUUGGAAUAAGAAGAAAAUGCAUUUUGAUAUUGUC